CCUCUAGCGGUUAAAAAGGGUUUGGCAAAGCGGAAGCUGAGUUGAAAAUGGGGCAGGGCUGACACAAUUUAGCAAUUUGGUUAAUUUCUGAUCUUUAUUGACCAGGCACCAUUGAUAUUCAUCAUGGCAGCAGGGGAGAAAAUCACGUUGACAGACGCACUGCAAAAUGUGGAUGUGUUGGACGAGCUUCCCCUGCCAGACCAGCAGCCCUGUAUUGAGGGAAUGUCCUUGUCCAUUCAUUACCAGGCUAACUUUGACACUAACUUUGAGGACAGGAAUGCCUAUGUCACUGGGGUUGCUCGGUACAUUGAGGAGGCUACAGUCCAUGCAGAACUGAACAAGUUGCUGGAGGAGGGACAGGAACAUGCGGUGAUGCUCUACACAUGGAGGUGUUGUUCUCGUGCCCUACCUCAGGUGAAGAGCAAUGAACAGGCCAACAGGACAGAGAUCUACCAGAAAACCGUGGAGGUACUCGACCCACAAGUCUCCAAGUUGAUGGAUCUCAUGUACUUCACGAGACGAGCUAUACUGAGGUUUGGAGGUGAGGUGAAGCGCCUGUCACACAAUCAGAAGAGAAAUGACUUUGUAUCCGAGGCCUACCUUGUUACACUGGGAAAGUUUAUUAACAUGUUCGCUGAACUGGACGAGCUGAAGAACAUGAAGGCUGGUAUUAGGAAUGAUUACUCGGCUUAUAGAAGGUCAGCCAUGUUCCUGAAGGUAAUGGCCGACCCUCAGGCCCUGCAGGAGUCACAAAACUUGUCCAUGUUCUUGGCCACCCAGAACAAGAUACGUGAAAUGUUGAAGGAGGCCCUAGUAGAAGCUGGCAAUUGCGAGGAGCUCCUGGCUGACAUCAUCAACAUCUGUGUGAAUAUGUAUGAAAACCGUCUCUUCCUGGAGCCCAGUGAAAAGUACAUGCUGGUCAAGGUGAUGGCCUUUGGAGUAUAUCUGCUGGAUAAGCCAGAUUGUAACAUUUACAAGAUGGACCAAAGGAAGAGGAUUAAUAUCACAAAAAUAGACAAGAUUCUCAAGCAACUGGAGAUUGUUCCCCUAUAUGGAGAUAUGCAGAUCAACCCUUACACAUACAUUAAGGGAAGCUGUAACUACGAUGCCUCACGCUGGACCUUCUGUGAGUCAAGCCACACAAGUCCGCAGUCCAACAUUCUAGCCAAUCUGGAGGCAAUCCGAGAAGACCAUAUGGCCUAUAUAAGUCAGCUCGCAAAACACAGCAAUGAGGCCAUCACAACAACACGUGAGUCCCCACGACCUGAUGCUGAGAACAAGGAGCUGAGUGACCUUGCCCUACGUGGUCUUCACCUCAUGUCAGCCUGGACGCAGCAGGUCAUGGAGCUGUACUCCUGGAAGUUACUACAUCCUACAGACAGUCAUCAGAAUCCUGACUGUCCACAGACCUCAGAGGAAUACGAACGGUCAAUCCGGUACAACUAUAACAGUGAAGAGAAGUUUGCCAUCAUAGAGGUUAUCGCGAUGAUCAAAGGGCUACAACUCCUGAUGGCCCGUAUGGAGACAGUGUUUAUGGACGCUAUUCGACGACACAUUUAUGCAGAACUACAGGAUUUUGUUCAGCUUAUCUUGAGGGACCCACUACGCAAAUCCAUCAAGAAACGUAGCGACGUCAUCAAAGUGAUAAUUAUGGCAGUGCGAGAUACAUGUGUUGACUGGUUCAGGGGAACAGAGCCACAGGAUGAUCCCUCACUCAAGGGCAAGAAGGACCCAGAGGAUGGUUUUAUGAUUAAGGUCCCAAGGAGAAAUGUAGGACCCUCAACAACACAGCUGUACAUGGUGAGGACCAUGCUGGAGUCCCUGAUUGCAGAGAAGAGUGGUGGUAAGAAGACCCUGAGAAAGGAUAUAGACUAUCAGCACCUCCUGACCAUCGACACCUUCCACAAAACCUCAUUCUUCUGGAACUACCUCCUCAACUUCAAUGAGUCUCUCCAGAAAUGUUGUGACUUAUCCCAGCUGUGGUACCGAGAAUUCUUCUUAGAGAUGACCAUGGGCAAACGGAUACAGUUCCCUAUAGAAAUGUCAUUGCCAUGGGUGCUGACAGACCACAUACUGGAGACCAAGGAACCUUCCAUGAUGGAGUACAUUCUAUACCCCUUGGAUCUGUACAAUGACAGUGCCCACUACGCCCUCACAAAGUUCCACAAACAGUUCCUCUAUGAUGAAGUGGAAGCUGAGGUGAACCUCUGUUUUGAUCAAUUUGUGUACAAGUUGAGUGACCAGAUAUUUGCCUACUAUAAACAUCUGGCAGGAAGUAUUAUGCUUGACAAGAGAUUUCGAUCAGAGUGUGCGAGCAUGGGUGUCAAGGUCAAUUACCCAGUUGCUAACAGAUACCAAACUCUUCUGCGACAGAGACAUGUGCAGAUCCUUGGACGGCUUAUUGAUCUGAACAAGCUGAUUGGCCAGCGAGUGAAUGCUGCGCUACAGAAGGCCCUGGACGUGGCCAUCGCCAGGUUUGAGGGCGGCGACAUCACUGGUGUUGUGGAGCUAGAGGGGUUGAUUGAGUGUAACCGACUCACCCAUAAACUAUUAGCAAAGUACCUGACGUUGAAUGACUUUGAUGCCAUGCUGAGAGAAGCCAACCACAAUGUGUCGGCACCUUAUGGACGUACAACACUCCAUGUGUUCUGGGAGGUCAACUAUGACUUCCUCCCCAACUACUGCUACAAUGCUGCCACCAACAGGUUUGUGAAGACCAAACUGCCAUUUGGCCCAGAGAGUCAGCGAGAGAAACCUCCCAAUGCUUCACCACACUAUAUCUGGGGCACCAAGGCCUUGACAACCUCCUACAGUGCUAUCUACAACCUAUACCAGGGCUUCGUUGGAGCUCCUCACUUUAGAGCCAUCUGUCGUCUGAUUGGCUAUCAGGGCAUUGCCGUGGUAAUAGAGGAACUCCUUAAGAUAGUCAAGGCCUUGCUGAAGGGGACCCUAUUUGAUUAUGUGAAGACUUUGAUGAAGGUGAUGCCAAAUGUUUGUCGUUUACUUCGCUACGACUAUGGAUCACCAGGUGUGAUGGGGUACUAUCAGGCCCAGCUCAACGACCUGAUCCAGUACCCAGACCUGAGGACGGAAGUGUUCCAGAGUUUCCGGGAAGUUGGCAAUGCAGUGCUCUUCUGUAUGUUGAUAGAACAGUGUCUGACACAAGAAGAAGUUUGUGACCUGAAACAUGCUGCUCCUUUCCAGAACAUCAUACCCAAACCAUAUAUUCCUAUCAAAGAGGGGGACAACAGAAAGGAAAAGGAGCAGGAACUUAAAAUGAUGAUGAAGAGACUGGAAGCCAAAUAUGCUGCUCUCCAAGUGGUACCAGUCAUCUCAAAACUGGGAAAUAGUCAGCAAAGUGAGAUUGCGGCUGAAGGAGACCUGUUGACCCGAGAAAGGCUCUGCUGUGGACUGUCCAUGUUUGAGAUUGUGCUGACAAGGAUCCGUACUUUCAUAGAGGAUCCACUUUGGGUCGGACAGCAACCAGCAAAUGGUGUGAUGAAUAUUGAUGAAUGUACCGAGUUCCACAGAUUAUGGAGUGCAGUCCAGUUUGUGUUCUGUAUCCCAGUAGGGGACAAUGAGUACACCAUAGAAGAGCUGUAUGGCGAGGGUCUGAACUGGGCAGGAUGUGCCCUCAUCAUUCUCCUCAACCAGCAGAGAAGGUUUGAGGCUCUCGACUUCAGCUACCAUAUCCUCAAGGUCAACAGGGUCGACAUGAAGGAUGAAAAUGUCAAGGGUAUUCAAUUAAAGAAGAUGGUGGACAGAAUUAGAAAAUUCCAAAUAUUGAACAAUCAAAUAUUUGCUGUGUUGAACAAAUACUUAAAGACCAAUGACUCAGACAGUAUUCCUGUAGAGCAUGUGAGAUGUUUCCAACCUCCAAUCCACCAGUCUCUAGCCACAACAAUAUAACAGGACAGCACCAGGACUGUUCACCAAAGCCUGGCACUUCACAGGAUACAGUCAGAAGUGUACCAGCUGUUGUGUUAUCAUUGUGUAUUGGUCCAUCAGUCACACAGCAUCACUGUUACAGAUAUAGAUUUACUUAUAUCCCAGUGUCAAAGAAUUAUGUUCGGAUGAUGGACUUAGCAUUCAUUUAACCAAAGCUUUAAAAAAAGACUCGAGUAAAAUGCUUAGAGACAAUUGGAUUGGAUGCAAGUUGUGACUCUGGAUUAUCUUUGUAUCUGUUGGAGAGUUUGUGUGACAGAUCCGUGCUUGCAAUCUCCAGUAGUAUAUAUACCCAAUGUAACUUUUAUAAAGGGGUAACUUUGGUGUUAGGUUUAUAACAGCAGGGCCACUUACAGAUAUCAGCAUGUGAGAUUGAAUCCUGAGGCAAACCUAUAACCACAGUGCAUUUAUAAUAUUAAAGUGCAGUGAAUAUAGUGGUGAUACACAUGUACAUGUGUCGUGAAAUAACUGGUUUUUACACUCUAUUUUCAACGUUCAGCUGUCUUCCAUACAUACAAUUAAAAGGUUUCCUGUAUUACUGGGUACAGCACAACACAAAUUGUU